UGAUUGUCGACCUUAGAGACAGUCAGUGAAGGCAUCACAAGUUGAGCUUCUCUCAGUUAUUGCAAAGGCAGGCUGAUGAUCCAGCUGCUGUGCGUGAGCGUGUGCGCUGACAUGGAUACAAACUGGCGCUGACUGUUGAAACUGGACACACUACAUUGUUGCGGUGGCACUAGGUGACUUCAGUGAGCGACAAAACUUAUUCUACGGCCGCACUCAUGUGAUUUGCUCUUGUUUGAGCCAUGUCCAAGAGCCUGAAGAAGAGGAAGAACCACUGGACCAACAAAGUCCAUGAGAGUGUCCUUUGCAGGAACGAGGAGGGGGAGCUGGGAUUGGAGUUGAAGGGCGGCGCAGAGAAUGGACAGUUCCCGGUUAUCGGCGAGCUUCUCCCGGGCGGAGCGGCCUGCCAGAGCGGCAAACUCUGCCAGGAUGAACUCCUGCUGGAAGUCAAUGAUACCCCGGUGGCUGGGCUCACCACCAGGGACGUCCAUGCUGUGGUCAAACACAGCAAAGACCCCGUGCGCCUCAAGUGUGUCAGGCAAGGGGGCGUGAUAGACAAGGACCUGCGCCACUACCUCAACCUGCGCUUCCAGAAAGGCUCGGUGGACCACGAGCUGCAGCACAUCAUCCGGGACAACCUCUACCUCCGCACAGUCCCCUGCACAACCAGGCAGCCUAAGGAAGGAGAGGUCCCAGGGGUGGAUUAUAAUUUUGUGACCAUUGACCGGUUUAUGGAAUUGGAGAAAAGUGGAGCCUUGCUCGAGAGUGGAACAUAUGAAGAUAACUUUUAUGGCACCCCAAAACCUCCUGCUGAGCCGAGUACUCUGCUGCUGAAUGUAACGGACCAGCUGCUGCCGGGCGCCAGACCCAGCUCUGAAGGCAAGAGGAAGCGUAACAAGUCCGUCAGCAACAUGGAGAAAGCCAGCAUUGAGCCCCCUGAGGAGGAGGAAGAGGAGAGACCUGUUGUUAAUGGCAACGGCGUCGCUGUCACACCAGAGUCGAGCGAACAUGAGGAUAAGAGCACAGACGCUUCAGGUGACAUCGCCCUGCAGAUCAGCGCAGCCGAGGCCACCAGUGAGGUGCCCAAAGACGAAGGACAGUCCCCAAAGACUAUGUUACCCAAACCAGAGGAGAAUGACGAGCUAGGGCCGCUGCCGGACAACUGGGAGAUGGCAUACACUGAGAAAGGAGAAGUCUACUUCAUAGACCACAACACCAAGACAACAUCGUGGCUGGACCCAAGGCUAGCCAAGAAGGCAAAGCCGCCCGAGGAAUGCAAAGAGAACGAGCUUCCGUACGGCUGGGAGAAAAUCGAUGACCCCAUUUACGGCAGCUACUAUGUUGAUCAUAUAAAUAGAAGGACCCAGUUUGAGAACCCAGUCCUGGAGGCUAAAAGGAGACUCCAGCAGCAGCAGCAGAUGCAAAGCCAGGGUCUGUCCUCAUUGCCCCUUCCGACCAUAUACAGAGAGAAGCCGCUGUUCACGCGGGACCCCACUCAGCUGAAAGGCAGUUUCUUGUCCACAUCACUCCAAAAGAGCAACAUGGGCUUUGGCUUCACUAUUAUUGGAGGCGACGAGCCUGACGAAUUCCUCCAGGUCAAGAGCAUUAUCCCUGACGGGCCUGCUGCAGCUGAUGGAAAGAUGGCCACAGGAGAUGUCAUUGUGUAUAUCAACGACGUGUGCGUCCUGGGUACCACCCAUGCUGAUGUGGUUAAACUCUUUCAGUCAGUGCCCAUUGGUCAAAGCGUGACCCUGGUCUUGUGUCGUGGCUACCCUUUGCCCUAUGACCCAGAGGAAGCUGCUAACACCAACAACAACACCAGCACCAUCUUGUCCCCGCUGGGCAUCAUGGAGCAGCGACCCAUCAUGGUGAACGGUAGGACAGGCUAUGAUAACUACCUGGACUAUCUCUCCCGCACAGCACGCUUUGUCACAGACCCCAGUCAGGACCAGGUCAAUGCCCAGCAGCAGUUGCUACCACCUCACCCAGGCGACACCCACCUAGACAGCUCCCUUCCUCCCACCAGCGGGACCACGCCCCCUGACAGCGUCUCAAUGGCAUCGUCGGGGGCAACCCAGGGGGAGCUGCUAACUCUGACCAUGGUGAAGGGCAUGGACGGUUUUGGCUUCACUAUUGCGGACAGCGCCACAGGCCAACGUGUUAAACAAGUCCUGGAGCCUCAGGGCUGCCCAGGCCUGUGCGAGGGCGACCUGAUCAUGGAGAUUAACAAGCAACCUGUACAGGGAUUCACACACACCCAGGUGGUGGAGCUGCUCAAGGAAUGUGCCGUUGGAGCUGAGACCAGCCUGGUAGUUCAGAGAGGUGGAACAGGUCACUAUUCACCCUGGAAGACCCCUAAGCAGGUCCUGGAGCAGUGGGAGUCCCAGCAGGCCCAGAGCAACCCUGCCCAGACCAGCCUGUCGGUCCCCGUUAUUUCCCACAGCGCCCCCUUUCCAACACAUCAUCUUCACAGGGCCUUGGUCCCAGACUCAGCCUCCGAGGCCUUGGCUCUUGCUAAACCAGACCCCUAUGACCUUUAUGAGAAGUCCAGGGCUAUCUAUGAGAGUAGGCAACCCAGCCAACCCAGGACUGUUUUCCAUGUGGAUUGCACAGGGGUGGAGUACCAGGAUAUUGAGGUCCAUCUGCGCAGACAGAAGUCUGGGUUCGGUUUCCGUGUGCUGGGCGGGGACGAGGCCGGGCAGCCUGUGAGUCCGGAGACCCGUGAGAAGAUCCUGAUCGGGGCAAUCAUCGAGAAGAGCCCAGCAGACCUAGACGGACGCUUACGGCCUGGUGACGAGCUGCUGUACGUGGAUGGGAUCCCAGUGGUGGGGAAGCCGCACAGAUAUGUCAUCGACCUUAUGCACGGCGCAGCACGUAACGGCCAGGUCAACCUGGUCAUCAGGAGGAGAGUACAGGCAGCAGCUGAGUCCUGUGCGGAGAACGGUCGCAGCCCGGGCUCUCUCUCCACACAGCACAGCUCCCCACGCAGUGACUUCACAUAUGGCAACAGCACCAGCACUACCCAGGCUCCCAACACCAGCGUGGGCAACUUGGCCACUUCAGACGGGACCUCGACCCCCAACACACAACCGAGCGAUGUCAUCAUCAAUCGAAAGGAGAGUGAAGGCUUUGGCUUCGUUAUCAUCAGCUCGCUCAACCGGCCCGAGGUCGCUGCCACCAACAUUGUGCCCCAUAAAAUUGGCCGCAUCAUUGAGGGCAGCCCGGCCGACCGCUGUGGGAAGCUGAAGGUGGGAGACAGGAUACUGGCAGUGAACAGUCAGUCCAUCGUCAACAUGCCACAUGCCGACAUCGUUAAGCUGAUCAAGGAUGCAGGCCUCAGCGUUACCCUGAGGAUCAUACCACAGGAAGAGAUCAGCAAUCCCCCAUCCGCCCCCAGCUCGGAGAAGCAGAGCCCCAUGGCCCAGCAGCACAGCCCCAAGACCCAGCCCGGCAUCGCAGCCUCCCAGCCUAACCCAGCAGCAACAGAACCCAGCCUGUCUGCUGGUCAAGCCAACCCCAUGCCCCACCAGAGUCCUGUGACCCAGCUGCCUGCACCUCCACCUCAGACCUACACUUACGAGAGCAGUUACAGGUCAGAGGUGAAAGCAAGGCAAGAUGUGAAACCAGACAUCCGCCAGCCGUCGUUCACAGACUACCGACAGCCGCCGGUAGACUACCGGCAUCCCCCUGUGGCAGACUACCGGCAGCCGCCCACAUUGGACUACAGACACCCACCGCUGCUCGACUACAGACAGCUAGCCCCUGAUGCCAGGCAGUUCGCCAUCCCAGAAUACAGAAUGCCACCAGUCCAACUUUCACAGGACUUUGACUUCUUCACGGUGGAGCUGGAGAAAAGUGUGAAGGGCUUCGGUUUUAGCAUCCGCGGGGGGCGGGAGUACAAGAUGGACCUGUUUGUUCUACGACUGGCAGAGGACGGACCCGCUAUCCGCAAUGGGAGGAUGAGGGUUGGGGACCAAAUCAUUGAGAUCAAUGGAGAGAGCACCCGGGACAUGACGCACACCAGGGCCAUUGAGCUGAUCAAGUCUGGAGGCAGGCGUGUUCGUCUUCUCCUGAAGAGGGGUACAGGGCAGGUCCCAGAGUACGACAAUGCCACCCCAUGGGAUGCUCGCCCUUCAGCCUCCCCAAGCCUGUCAGAAGUAGCCCCUCCCAUCGACAGCCUUUCCAUGUCAUUGCCUUCAUCUCAUCUGGCCCCAGCCCCCGACCCACCUCACCUGGCACCGCUGGAAGUCCCUCGAGACCCGGUGGCACGGGACAGCAGGACAGAACGUUCAAAGAGCCCCCAGAAGGCCGAGCAGCUAAACCCAGAUCUGAUCAGCCAGGGGAGGAGAGCGGUUACAACCGGGGGUAGCGGCAGAGCUAAGAAAGAGAGUGGCAGGUCCACCCACAAGGGGCACAGGUUGCAACCCACUACUGAGGGAGAAGGGGGCAAAGAGGGGCACGGUGUGGAACCCAAACCUCCCAGGAGCACCAGAGGGAGGUCCAAGGAGAGAAAUACUGGAGACAACAGAGAACCCAACCACUCUCCCAGCAGCUCUAAGCUCCUGCACACUAACGGGAACAGCAGGGAAGAAGUGGAGCGUUACAACAGCGGACAGCAGCAGCAGGUGGAUCUGAAGCAGAGUAAGCCCAGGCCCAGGGAGCUGGACCGGAGCCUGGGAGAGAGCCAACCCAGCCUGCCCAACAAGAGCACCAGCACUGGUGGCACAGCAGGGAGGAAGCCCACGGUCUCUCCUGGGCCUUGGAAGAUCCCUAGAUCAGACAAGCUGCCCAGCACACUGCGCACAGGCACGUCCACGCUGAGCAGAUAACACUGCAGCUCCAGCAGAAUGCAGUGGCCACACUCAUUUGAACUGAACUCCACCCCAUCUGGACAAAACUACCAUCUUCCUGUGCUCCCGUAUCCCCCGUCAAUCCCAUUCUCCCACGGACCACAGAGUCAAAACCAAGGGUGGCAGGGUGAUCUGGACCACAUGUUUUUAGAGUUUUAUUUAUGAAACUGCACUCUAAAUUAUUUUGAGAUCUAUUUGACACCCACCACCUUAAGAACUGGAAAAUCAUCCAUAUUUUGAACAAGUCGAUGAGCAAGUAGAAUGUGUCUGUAGCGUUGGGGGGACUCAUUUUGAGAUGUACAAUCUUUGCAAAACUGGGGGACAAUCGGUUGCCCUUGGAUUUUUUUUUUUAUAUAUCCACACAAUGGAGUCUAUUUUAUGAAACAAAAUGUUAAGAAGAAGGUUUGCCUGUUUCUGAGGGGAGCGAAUGCAACAAAGACUCACCGCAGAGAUAAAAUCAGCAGAACUUUGCCUUAACAGAGACUGUAUGGGCCUGAAUCUGCCUUGAAUAAUCUAUCAGAUGAUUAUAGACAUAGAUAUAUUAUAAUGAAUAUGAAUAUGUGGGAUCAAUUUGUAAAUAAGAUCAUCUUUAAGUGAACCAACCCUUAUAGCUGAGCUGAUGGAAAUUCUAAUUUGUGAUUAGAUGGAGCAAAACGGCACGGCAUGGACCAGACCUUUCAGCACACAGACUUCUCCCUCACGUACACUCCAGUUCAGCCCUGUGAUUGCAGACUGGGGUCUCGAAAGGCCUGCUGCAAUUGACUACACGGUGUAUUUGUGCUCAUAUCAUCCUGACUUCAGCAGGGGUGUCGUAUCAGUCAAUUUCUUUCAUUUCUGUGCUUAACAAACAAAGCAAUCUGUGACAGUGGUGUCCAGCCCGACGCUGAGAGAACGAGCUCACAUGAUAGAGACCAAGGGGGCAGAGUGCCUUAGAUUGAUGGAGAGGUUGGCUUUUAAGUCAAAGGUUCCAAUCCAGAACACGUUUGAGGGUUCAAAACUGGCUGCUAUACAACACCAACUUUACAGAUAUAAAUAUUAAACUGUAUUUUUUCAGACACGAGGCUGAUGUUGUGAUAAGCUUAUGUAUGAAAAUUAUUUCAUUACCAGAGGUAUUGAUGGUCCUUGUUUGUACAAGUGGUUAACCCUGGGUGGUGAUACUUUCCAUGACUGAGUUUUAAUGAGGUCUAUCGCUUGUAAGAUCCAUGAAUAAUCACUUAUAGUGUAAUCAAAAUGUCAACAUAGGGUGGAACUCUGCACCCAAACCAAACCAAUUAGUAAAAUCUGAUAUUCAUUCAUUAAAAAGACAAUCUCACUUGUGAAAAGUUCACUCAUUUAACAGUCUUUUACCUAAACAUGCACUCCUGUCAUUUCCAGAGCAGCUGAGAAGAGGUUGCACCUGUCACAGCUACUGUCAGCUGCUCAACUUGAUAUGUUUUAGGUAUUUUGUCUACAUUGUGUGAUGCUAAUCUUCAUGGCAAAGCUCCCUGCAGGUCAGAAUACAUGUCCCUGUCCCAGAAUUUAUCUCAAAAGCUUGAACAUUUUUAUACUAUAACCUGGCAAUUGACUGUUCACUAAGCCCUGCUAGUUAAUAUUGCUGCACCUGUCAAGCUUUCCAUUCUUGAUCUGACAGUUUGGGCUAAAAUAACAACUGUUAGCAAAUCAAACUCCACAAAUUGGGUGAAAAUGCCAGCUAAACAUUCUUCUAGUAAUCAUGUAAAAGGUGUCUUAAAUAUGCACUUGUGGCUACAUAUCAUGUUAAAAAUCUAAACAGAACUUAUAAAAGAUAUAAAGAAACUGCACUCUUAUUGAAUUGGUAGUGUAGAGAAAGUUUUUAAGAAUACUGAUAAAAAUGUCAGAUCUCACUGUUAUUUUGUCUAAUAUAACCAUUUUUGACUGCUUAUUAAGUCUUCAGAAUUCUUUGUAAUUUAGCAGCAUGGUUCACUUUUAACUUGUCAAGAGAAAAGGCCUUGAGAACACUAACGUUAGCCGUCAUAAGACUGCUGUAUGUUGAGUGUCAAAUCUAGAACUACUAACUUUACCCUGUUAAAUUUACGUAGCUGCAUAUGCUAACAACUGCAGCUCACAUUAGAGCAGAUAAGCUCACUUUAAGCUUUUCAAGCUCUUAAUAUUGAGCAUUAAUGUUACAUCAGCCUCAUGUACAGCACUUUGACAUAUUGAGAAAUCUGAAGCUUGACAACCUGCUAUGCCUAGCUAUGAUCGCUAAGCUGGCACUGAAUCACAGUUCAGAGGAAAGGGCUUUAGAGAACAGUCAGUUUUGGGAUAUACAGUACAAAUGUUUUCCUGGCAUUGAAAUUCCUGAGUGUUUUGUUUUCCAUCCAAAUGAGCCAACAUUUAACAUUAAAAGAAUCAUAAUACCAGAACAAACUUUUCCUCUUCCUCCUCUGCUGAGAAAAGUACAAAUGGUGUUUAAAAAAAGAGCAGAGCGGGAUAAGCCAUUAUGUUUGCCAUUGUAAUUUGUAAUUACACAAGGAAAAAAGCGGACUUUAAAGCACAAUCUCACAUAAAAGGAUUGAAACAUGAAUUGUUAUGUCAGAGAAAAUCGUCAGCCAUGCACAGACAUCUCAGUCCUUGAUGGUGUGCAGGGCUAAUGUCACAACCCUACAUUUUACAUUUGGCUGACUAAAGGUAGCGAACGCUGCCUUAAACAGCAUCAUCAUCACUUUUAUUUUGACUUUUGCUCAAAGGAGAAACAAAUCAUUUUUGCUCAGCCUUUGCACAACUUACUGAUUUCACCAUCUGAGCUGUCUCCAUUGAGCCAAAUUGUAAGCAGUUCUUUAUGGAAAAAACCCACCUAGAGGUGCAUUUGCAAACCGAGUGUUGAAAAAGUGUUGACAAAUGCAGCAACGAAAACUCUAGUACCGAAGCAGCUCAGUAUCACUGUGUAGUGUUAGCAGUGUGUAGACCCUGAACAAAUAUCUCCAUAAAAAUGACUCAGUGUACUAUUGAUGGUCACAAAGACUUAAGUGCAGCAACUAUUUUUAUGAAACACAACACUAUGAAUAUAUUAACUUUUGCAAAAAUCUUGUUUACCUGUAUGAUAUUCUGAAACUGUCAAAAUAAAAGUGUUCACACAACUGAAAGAUUUAUUUAGGAUGUUCUGCUGCGUCUUUUACUUUUUCAU